GGUUUUAUUACAAUGGACGGCGCGUCAUUAAAUAAACAAAUGCAAUCGAGACGUGAGUUCAUUCAUCAGAUCAUAAUUAAUCGACAGCGGAUUUGAAUGAUUUUUAAACAAGUGCAGAGCACAGCAUAUGUGUCGCACGGCUCGCCCCCGUAACUCCAGACGGUGGAAGGCAGCGUCUGUAUCUUCGGAUGACACACAGCUCAUAUCUCCGUCUCCGGACGAAGGCCAUUGUGCAGAAAUGACUAUGGUCUGUCUGGCUGAUUUUGAAGAGUAUGCUAAGCAGCAUCUCUCAAAGACUACAUGGGACUAUUAUGCAGCUGGAGCUGAUGAAUGUUGCACAAGAGAUGACAACUUGCUGGCCUAUAAACGGAUCCGUUUGAGGCCACGGAUCUUACGGGACGUGUCGGUCAGUGACACUCGGACCACGGUGCUGGGAACGGAGAUAAGCUUCCCAGCUGGAAUUGCACCCACAGCCUUUCACUGUCUGGCUUGGCAUGAGGGAGAAUUGGCCACUGCCAGAGCUACUGAGGCAGUGAAAACCUGCUACAUAACAAGCACAUACUCCACAUGCUCAGUGGAGGAGAUCUGUGCAGCAGCCCCCAACGGUUAUCAUUGGUUCGAGCUCUACUUGUGCCGUGACCGUAAGCUGUCAGAGCAGAUUGUACACAGAGUGGAGGCGCUUGGCUAUAAGGCUCUGGUGCUUACAGUGGAUGUGCCCUACACUGGCAAACGACGCGAUGAUAUCCGCAACCGGUUCAAGCUCCCAUCACACCUGAGGGUUAAAAGUUUUGAUGGAAUGUUCCAGCAGCAAGCAGGCUCCCAGGAGGAAUAUGGCACCCCAGCCAACACCUUGGACCCAUCAAUCAGCUGGAAGGAUGUGUGCUGGCUCCAGUCCCUAACACAGCUGCCUAUAAUCAUCAAGGGCAUCCUCACUAAAGAGGAUGCAGAGCUGGCUAUAGAGCAUGGGGUCCAGGGCAUUAUUGUGUCCAAUCACGGGGGCCGACAACUUGAUGGAGGGCCCGCAACAAUAGAUUGUCUGCCUGAGAUAGUGGACACAGUGCAGGGCCGUGUCGAGGUCUACAUGGAUGGGGGGAUCCGUACGGGCAGUGAUGUGCUGAAGGCUAUAGCCUUGGGAGCCAGAUGUGUGUUUAUUGGCAGACCGGCAAUCUGGGGCCUCACUUACAAGGGGGAGGAAGGAGUGAGAGAAGUAUUGCAGAUUCUGCAUGAUGAGUUUCGUUUAUCCAUGACAUUAUCAGGUUGCAGAAAUGUUGCUGAGAUCAACAGGAACCUCAUUCAGUUCUCCAGACUUUGAACAGCAAAAAAGAGCUAUAAUAAUUUAAACUUUACAGUUGACAACAGAACACUACAAAGAUCCACCAUUAAGUCAAAAUGUAUUCUCAAAGAUGUGUAUAAACCACUGGUGGUAGAAACGCUUUACAAAUGAAAUGCAAUAACUACAUCUGAUUAGGAGUGCAUAAAUACCAAAUUAUUUGCCUAAAUUCAAGACAAUUUGACAGUUUUUUUUUUUAUGUUAAUGCUGUUUUAAGAAAACUUUAUUAACAAAUUUGAUAAUCCCCACAAAGUGCUAGUCUGAUAAAUGAGCAUAUGCUCUAUGGGAGAAAUUGAUUCACAGGACUUGGCAUGUCUGUCUGUAAUGCAAAGAGAUAUCCAAGAAUGUAAUUUAUGAAGGUGGUUUUGAAGGUUUCUCAUGUAGGUAGCAGCAAAAUAAUGUGCAAUGAGAAGUUUCAUUUGAAUUAAAAGAUUUUAUAUUUUGAAGCAGAGAGACCUUGUAAUUGAUGGUAAAUUAAUAUUGAACAUUAAAGGAAAAAUUCACCCAACUGAGUGAACUAUUCCUUUAACAUUGUUUAUACUGGGGUUAAAAGUCUGUGAAAUAUCUAGGGUAGCAAACAAGUCAUUUUGAGAUUCUUAAGGUGAUACCUGAUGUUAAUUUAGUAUCUUAAGUCUUAAUAUUUAUCUGAACAAUAAAUGCUGUACUCUUAG